AUGCUUUUUACACUCAUAUUAUAUUCGAUAAUUUUAAUUUUGAUUAUUACUUUUAUUAUUAUCUAUGUAAAACAAUAUGAAUAUUUUAAAGCACGUCAAAUACCCGGACCCACGCCGUCCUAUUUCUUUGGCAAUGUGAAAACGCUAUGGAAUGCUGAAUCUCCAUCUCGACAAUUAGUCGAAUGGUCUAAACAAUUUGGAAAAAUAUAUGGUAUAUUUGAAGGUACGCGACCACAUUACAUUGUGUCCGAUGUUGAUUUUUUACAAGAAGUAUUCAUUAAACAAUUUUCACAUUUUCCAAUUCGAAAAACGACCAUAUUUUCAAAAGCACUUAACAAAGGUAAACGUAUUCAUUUGUUCAGUGCCCUGGGCACGAGAUGGAAACGUCAACGAAACGUCAUAAAUCCUACAUUUUCUGCUGUUAAAUUGAAGCAAAUGUCACCGCUCAUAAAUAACUGUAUCAAUGAACUAAUGAAAAAAUUACCCGACUAUAGUGAGAAACAUGAAGACUUUAAUAUUUAUGUACUGUACAAACGACUGACCAUGGAUGUUAUAUGUCGAUGUGCUUUUGGUGUUGAUACCGAUAUGCAGAACAAUCCGGAUAACAUCUAUUUAAAAAAGGUGGGUCAGGCGUUUUCAGUUAAUUUUCAGAAUAUGCCAUUGUUCAAAUUGGGCACAUUAGUUCCGCCGGUGGGGGUUAUUGUCGGUGAUCUAUUUAUAUUUCAAAACAAAGUUAGACAAAAAUUGAAUCAGCUGUUCCCAUCAACUAUCAAAAAAUUCGAACCAAUACCAGGCACCUGGAUCAUGGCACGUGUUGGCGAAGUUAUUGAAAUGAGAUCAGACGUAGCUAAGCAACGCGUUGAUUUACUGCAAUUGAUGCUGGAAGCAGCAAGUCGUGAACAGAUAAAAGAUAAAAAAGACGACGUCGAUGAACAAUAUAUUGCAAAAAAAUUAACGUACGAUGAAGUUAUUGCUAACGUUUUUCUAUUUAUGAUUGCCGGUUAUGAGACAACAUCAACAGCUCUUGCCUAUUGUACAUAUGUUUUGGCUAAUCAUCCAGAGGAACAACUUAAAUUACAAGAAGAAAUUGAUGAAUAUCUCUUGCAAAAUGAGGAUGAGGAAGAUCCUGACUAUGAUGUGAUAAAUCGUAUGCCAUACAUGGAUAUGGUUAUCAAAGAAGUACUCAGAAUGCAUCCAAUAGCAAUAUCAGGAAUUAUGAAUCGUGAAUGUACACAGGAAACAGAUAUUUGUGGAAUUAAAAUAACUAAAGGAGCUAUUGUACAACCAGACGUAUACUCAAUUCAUUAUGAUCAAGAAUUAUGGGGUCCACAAGAUGUGAACAAUUUUUGUCCCGAACGACAUUUGACAAAACGUCAUCCUCUUGCAUUCCUCGCAUUUGGAGUUGGACCACGAAAUUAUUAUCAUUCCCAUAUUUCAUAUUAUCAUUUAAAUCUGUAA